AUGACGUGGCAGAUGCCCCCGAUUGUCCAGUUCACAACGCAAGCGCGUCCCCACACGACACGUGCAAGAACAAUGUCCGCCCUCUCCGCCUCAUUCCGCAUCGCCGCGAGCCCCGUCGUGUCCUCCUCCCGCCGCGCUGGGUCCUCUUCCCGCCGCGCCGCGGCUCCCGCGCGCGCGUCCGCGGGGUCCGACGAGAAGAAGGUUUCCUCGGGGCGCCGCGAGGCUGUCGCCGCCGCAGUGCUCGCCGCCGCGGCGCUCUCCCAGGCAGCCCCCGCGCUCGCGCGCGGUCUCCCCGAGUUUGAGUGCACCGGCGAGGUCACGACCGGCGCGUCCGGCCUCCAGUUCUGCGAGUCCGUCGUCGGCUCCGGGAUCACCCCGUCGAAGGGGUCGCUGAUCAAGGCGCACUACACCGGCAGGCUCCUCGACGGGCGCGUGUUCGACAGCUCCUACUCGCGCGGCUCCCCGCUCACGUUCAAGGUUGGCGUCAGGGAGGUCAUCGCGGGCUGGGACGAGGGCAUCCUCGGAGGCGAGGGAGUGCCCCCGAUGAAGGUGGGGGGCAAGCGCGUGCUCACCAUUCCCGCCAACCUGGCGUACGGCAGCAGGGGCGCGGGCGGCGGCCUGAUUCCACCGGACGCGACGCUCAAGUUCGACGUUGAGCUCGUGCAGGUGCUGUGA